CCGCUGCUGCUGCUGCUGCAUCGUUCCAUUCAGGAGGGCCUGACGCAGGGCAGCGAGUCGUGGCGAGGGUGAGGGAGAGGGUGGUGGGGGAGGGGCGGAAGGUUCAGGGACUUGACUGCGGCAGCAGCUAGAGAGGAGGGGGAGAGGGAGAGGGAGAGAGACUGACUGGCGAGGCGGUUGAGCAGGGGAGGGCAGGCAGGGAGGGAGGGGAGGCAGGGGGGAGAGGACUUGGACUUUUGUUGCCACAAGGGCAUGGUGUGCGCGGUCCGACAAUCAAUAUAAUACAGCACUAUGCACUCGUCGAAGCUCUGCCGUGGCUCCGCACUGCCCCUCUCUGCUGCAAAGCGCGCCUGGUGGCGCGGAGGAGAGCUCGCUUGCUCGGCCUCGGCCUCGCACAAUCGCAGGCACUUGGGCGGGCAUCGUCCUGUAGCGCCCACUCUUCGCAGCCGACGCUCCAGCCCUCCGCAGCUGCUUCACUCCUUCACGAAAAUGCUCACUCACUCCAUCCCUGGCCUCGUGCCCAUCGCUCGGGCUUCGUCCGCCGAAGCGCAAGCGCACUCUAACGGAGCAGUUCCUGCUUCUGGCUCUGGCAGCUCUGAUGAUGAUAUCUACCAAGAUACGGGAGGUUACAAACUUCCCCGAAAGGAGAUCAGAGAUAUUGUGGAUGCCCCUCCAACUCCUGCACUAUCAUUUUCGCCCAAGAGAGACAAGAUUCUAUUCUUGCAGCGUCGCUCUCUGCCACCGUUGGCUGAUUUAGCGAGGCCGGAGCUGAAGCUUGCUGGAUUUCGUAUCGACCCGUCAUUUAAUACACGGAGUCGGAUGUCGUCUUAUACAGGAAUAAGCAUACAUGAGCUGUUGGAAGAUGGCACCCUAGGACCAGAGGUAUCAGUUACGGGGCUUCCUGACGAAUCGAAAAUCAACUAUGUCUCCUGGUCUCCAGAUGGUACUCACCUGGCAUUCACUGUUCGUGGAGACGAACCGGAGGAGGGUUCAACGUCUGGUCUUGGUGUCUGGGUAGCUAAUAUCGAAAGUGGAGAGGCGAGGAGGCUGUUUGGUCCUCCUGAUUUGCUGUUGAAUCCAAUUUUUGACACAUUCGCCUGGUUGGACGACUGUACACUUGUUGCUUGUUGCAUACCUCCAUCUCGAGGGCCCCCACCUAAGAAACCUUUAGUACCAGCUGGUCCAAAUAUUCAGUCAAACGAGACGAAAGAAGUGGUCCAAAAUCGAACUUAUCAAGACUUGCUGAAGGACCAACAUGACGAAGACCUAUUUGAUCACUACGGUACAUCUCAAUUAUUCCUGAUUAACCUGAAUGGGGAAACAGAACCGAUUGGGAAACCAGCUGUGUAUACUUCCAUCGAUCCCUCACCGGAUGGAAGCUACUUUCUUGUUUCAACAACUCACAGACCAUACUCGUUUAUUGUUCCUUCCGGGAGGUUCCCAAAACGCAUGGAAUUGUGGAAGCGAACUGGGGAGUUCGUCAGAGAGAUAUGUUCUCUUCCUCUUGCUGAAAAUAUUCCGAUCACAUUCAACAGUGUACGGCAGGGAAGGAGGUCCAUCAACUGGCGAGCUGACAAACCUGCUUGCCUAUACUGGGUUGAAACUCAGGACGGAGGAGAUGCAAAAGUGGAAGUGAAUCCAAGGGAUAUCGUAUAUACACAACCGGCAGACUGUCCAGAAGGAGAAGAGCCACAGGUUUUAUACAAGUUGGAGCUACGAUACGGAGGUGUUGUUUGGGGGGAUGAAGGACUUGCACUGGUGUAUGAGUCAUGGUACAAAACACGACGCACUCGAACUUGGAUGAUUGCACCCGGGAAUCUUCAAGCAGAAGGGCGUAAGCUUUUUGAUCGCUCAUCAGAAGAUGUCUACGCAGAUCCUGGUUCACCAAUGCUUCGCAGAACUUCUCUCGGAACGUACGUUCUUGCAGGUGUCAAAGAUGCUGAUGGCAAGAAGAGGCUGCUCCUGAAUGGAAGUGGCGCAACACCACAAGGCAAUAUUCCUUUCUUGGAUCUGCUGGAAAUCGAGUCAGGUGAAAAACAGCGAAUCUGGGAAAGUAGCAAGGAGACCUAUUUCGAGACAGUCGUAGCUCUGAUGUCAGAUCAGGUGGAUGGAGAUCUGGACCUGAACAAGUUACGUAUUUUGGUCUCAAAGGAAUCUCAAACCGAUCCACCUCAGUAUUAUCUGCGCUCCUGGCCUGAGCAAACUGUCUGUCAAAUUACAAACUUCCCUCAUCCCUAUCCUCAAAUAGCUAAUCUGAAGAAGGAGAUUAUACGAUACGAACGGAGCGAUGGUGUGCAACUUACAGCAAAUUUGUAUUUACCUCCAGCGUAUGACCCUGCUACUGAUGGGCCACUGCCAUUGCUAAUGUGGGCAUACCCAAGGGAAUUCAAGAGCAAAGAUAACGCUGGCCAGAUGAGAGGAUCACCUUAUAGUUUUGCAGGCAUUGGAUCUACUUCGGCAUUGUUGUGGUUGGCUAGAAGAUUUGCUAUUCUGGAUGGUCCGACCAUGCCCAUCAUUGGCGAAGGAGACGAGGAGGCCAAUGACAGGUACGUGGAGCAGCUGGUUGCGAGUGCUCAAGCCGCAGUUGAUGAGGUUAUCCGAAGAGGGGUGGCUCAUCCAAAAAAGAUAGCUGUUGGGGGGCAUUCUUACGGUGCUUUCAUGACCGCCAAUCUGCUUGCCCAUGCUCCUCAUUUGUUUGCCUGCGGUAUAGCACGGGCUGGCGCUUACAACAGGACAUUGACUCCAUUUGGCUUUCAGGCUGAAGAGAGAACUCUCUGGGAGGCACCCACGACGUACAUCAAUAUGAGUCCUUUCAUGUUAGCAAACAAGAUCAAGAAACCUAUUCUGCUUAUUCAUGGGGAAGAAGAUAACAAUCCAGGAACGAUGACAAUGCAGUCUGACCGAUUUUACAACGCGCUCAAAGGACAUGGAGCACUUACUCGGCUCGUAUUGCUACCUUUUGAAAGUCAUGGGUAUCAAGGAAGGGAGAGUGUUAUGCAUUGCCUAUGGGAGAUGGAUAGAUGGUUGCAAAAGUAUUGCACCGACGGGGAAGCAGACGAAACUCCUGACGCAUCAAGCGAGCAAGAGGCAAAAGGACAUGUCACUUCUGGUACACUUGGUGAGGCUGGCAAAUCUGAGGAAAGUGUUGACGGUGAAGAUCCUCCUGAAAGUCGUAGUAGGCAUUGGAGUGGUAUGUUGUCCCUCUUGUAAGGAGACGAAGAAGCAGAGUUCCAAAUUUGAAUCGAGACCAAUAGCGUAUGUUCAUAUGGCCGUUGACGAUCAAGGUGGGCCGGAUUGUUUCAAUCAUUAGAGCAGUUGUACGUGGUUGACCGGGGGAAGUUUUAUCUAUUAUAGGGUGCUCAGAGUCUGGAGAGAACAUCACGCACUGCACAAACUGUUGUAGUUAGCUAGUCAGUUCCAAAUCUAGUCGAUGUCGUGCACUUCGAUCCGGCAAGAGAAGAGGCAACAUCAUGCGAGUAAGCAAUAAGUGUUGUAAUAGGCCUACAAACAUUUUUAGAUUCUAGACUGCAAAUUUUGCUUGUCCAUGUUUGAUAGAUUCUAGACGUGCUGUACGUGCAAGUGUCCACAAGUCACCUUCAAAACGUUAGUGGAAAUGUCGGAAAGUGUAAGUUAACUGUGUAGUUAGUUGAGAUAUGUACACAACGUUUGCUUGAUUGCCGAGAAGUGUGGCUCCCACACCGUGUAUCUUUUCUUGAG